AUAGGCUAGUUUCGCUUUAUUAUGUUGUCGUUCUGAUGAAUUCAUAGACAAAAUGCCAAAAAUACUGGGCUCAUGCUGGGCUCUGUGACAAAAAGUGACGCAUGUGUGACAUUUGUAUACGUCAAAAGUGUCAACUGUCAGGAGGAUAGGUUGGAUCAUUUGGAUAUUAUCGUUCGGAGUUUUGUUUAUAACUUAAUUAAAAAUGGAAACAGGAAGAAAAGUGGCUAAAAAGCGAGAAAGAAGUGAGAAUUGGUUAAGUGAAGACAAGUAUUUAUUAAUGGAGUUGGUCAGGGAGAGGGUGGCUGUGAUUGAAAACAAAAACACGGACACUAACACUAAUUCCAAAAAGCAGGCAGCGUGGGCAGAUUUGUUAAAUAGUUUUAACAGUAUGUGUAAGGGGAGCAAACGUAUCCUUCCACAGCUAAAAUCACAAUGGGGCAUCAUUAAGAUGCACGAAAAACGAUUAAAAUCAUUAGAGCGGAAGCAAAUCAUUGCUACAGGUGGCGGCCCACCGCCACAGUUGGACCCUCUAAAGAGUGAAGACAUCAGUGCAUGGCUUCCCAAUGAAUUUGUGAUCGACACAAAUGAAUUUGAUUCUGAUCAAAUCAAUCAGGUCAAGGUUGGAGGGCUGUCACCAGAUGAAAUCAUCUUAGAGGUACAUCAGGAGGAUGGAAUUACAGAAGAGGUCCUACCUCAUACUACUCCUCCUACUAAUCAUGAGAUGAGCAAAAUAAAUCAAGAAAAUGAGAACAAGAUCCUACCUAUAACUAAUGAGAAUGACCAGCGGAAAAAAGAAGGAAAUGAGAACAAGGUAAAUAUUGAAUGCUGCCCAAGUACCUACAGGUUAAUCAACUUCACCAAAAAUUCUACGCUGCAGGUGCAGCUUUUUCCACAAUUUUUUCCUUGGCAACCGGUUUCUUCCUUUUUCCAUCCCCUAAACUUGGCAACUGGUUAGUACUUCAUAGCCUUUUUACCACUGAGCACUCAUAAAAAUAAUUAUAUUACAUUAGAACAAUAAAUAACCAAACCUCAACUACAGUAAUUAAAUUACAUACUAUGAGGAUGGUUUUAUCAUGUAUUCAUUAAUUUGUAUUUGAUAAAAAUUUGAAUAUGUAAGUCUUUCCUAUGCCAAUGAGUUGAUUUUAA